GUGCCACAAAACGCGACAGUUGCUUUUGUACAGUCGAUAUCAACAGUGGAAAGCAAGGUCUAGAAUUCCAUGAGACACGGAGUCCCACUACUGAACUGACUGAUUCAGAUUCAGAAUUUUUAGUCCCGUCCUACUGUUGAGGGAGAUAUUAUCCAUCUGGCAACACUGACGCUAUUUUAUGUACGUUACUGAUGUGUGCCUUAGCUGCCUUGAUUCAAUUGCGUGCUCUGAUAAAAAGCGGAGUGGCUCAAAAUGUCUCAUCUCAACGCUCUAACGAUAUGCGGUGUUCGAUUGUUCAGCCCUGAAGAAAAUCAGAACGUACUGUUCAGCACUCCAGUGACAUUAUUCUUAGGGCAAAAUGGUUGCGGUAAAACUACCAUCAUAGAGUGCAUCCGAUAUGCGCUUACCGGAGAAAUACCUGCAGGGACUAACAAUGGCCAUGGAUUCUUGAACGAUCCUGGCGUGUCGGAUGUUUCUAUUACUAAAGGUAACGUUGAAUUAAAGUACACGGACAAUACCGGCAACGUCAUCACGGUAUCCAGAUUCAUGCAGGUUUCUAAACAACCUGACGGAAAGAUGCAGUUCAAGAGCUUGGACGUGAAUAUAAGAAAAGAAGAACUCAAUGGACAGACAAAUUAUAUAUCGGCCAGAUGCGAGGACGCAGAUGACUUCUGUUGCAACUCUCUAGGCGUUUCUAGAUCCAUACUGAACCACGUCUUAUUCUGUCAUCAAGAAAACAGUUACUGGCCUUUAGAUCAACCGGAAAAAGUCGAGGAACAAUUUGACGAGAUCUUCGAAACCGUGAAAUAUAAUAAAUAUAUCGACUUCGUGAGACAGGAUAUCAAGAAUAAACAACUAGAACUUAAGGUUCUUGAACAAAAGGUCGAAACCAAAAGAAUAAUAAAUGAGGAAGUUGAAAAAUGUCGAGCCAAAUUUGAAGCAAAGCAAACAGAGUUCGAUGAAAUACAGAACAAAAUACAAGAAAAGAGCGAUGAGAUACAACCGUUAGAAGACAGGAUGAAACAAAUAUGUGACCUGGGAGAGUCCAUUGGUUCUUUACAACCGAGUUUGAUAUAGAAGCUGACGGAAAGCAAAGUGACUCGUCCCGAUGCCCUUGUGAUUAGCGCCGUCCAUCCGGUUUCUAGUUACAGCGUUAGGUGUUAUCUUUGUGAGAACAUUCCUGACUUUGCAUUUUGCUAUAUUUUACUUCUUAUAAACUGAAUAUGAAAUGUAACUAGCGUUGUUGUCAUCCUGUUUUCAUCCAAUAAAGUUCCUGCUAUAGUUUCGAACCGAAACCACACUGUUUCAUUUCUUAUACCCGUAAAUAUGUUGUGUGUAGAUGCGUGCCAAAGUAAGAGUAACUAUGAAAUGUAGGUGUAAUAUUAGGUAGGCCAUGAAAUGUACCUUCACGUGUAAUAUGUAGUAGUAUUGCACUCUCUAGUUCAUCGGCAAUUUCUUCUGUAUUCUCCCAAUCAAUAUUACUGUUAAUGUCUAGUUUAUUUAUCAACUUUUCCACUAAUAAUUUAACUUCCUUUUGUUUGUUUCUAUGCUGUUUUUGUUCUUCCUUCAGUUCUCCUAUCUUCAUUUGAAUUUUCUGUAUAUCCACACUCACAAUGUUAUUUUCUUCAAUAAUUUCUUUAUUUUUCUGUUUUAGUUGUUCAAUAUUAUCUUCUUCAACUUGUUGUAACUGCUUAAAGGACCUGAUUCGGAUUUGUAGUUCAUCGUCUGUUCCUUCAAACACAAGUGUUAUUUUCUUCAAUAAGAUCUCCUGCUGGUCUUGUAACCCUGAAAGAGUAAGUUAAUAUACCCGGUGACUUUAGAAGCAUUACACCCAGAAAUAAUUUCAUCAACUUGAUUUUUUUGGGAAUGAGGUAGUCUUAAAUCGAGAAUGAAACGAUAACAUCCUCACGAAAUUUUAUUUACAAAUCUCCUCCCCAUUAUAUACCACACAUGUUCGAUGAGAUUGAAGAAACAACACACAGAAUAACUUUAUCUUCUAGCUCAGGUAUUUUUCUGUUAGUCAACGUCUCGAUGUCUUCAUUAAGCCGUUGUAAUUUGAAUUCUUCCAUCAUGAUCUUUGCAGACCUAUACUGGUCUUGUUGUUUUUGAAGAUUUUCUUUAUUGGUAUAAGAUUCUUUUAGUGACUCGUCCCGAUGCCCUUGUGAUUAGCGCCGUCCAUCCGGUUUCUAGUUACAGCGUUAGGUGUUAUCUUUGUGAGAACAUUCCUGACUUUGCAUUUUGCUAUAUUUUACUUCUUAUAAACUGAAUAUGAAAUGUAACUAGCGUUGUUGUCAUCCUGUUUUCAUCCAAUAAAGUUCCUG